GAACCUACGGCUUAGUUUACCCUCAUUCAUUUGCAUCAAGAACCAUGCCAUCGAUAUUGGCGCCCCGCGAUGGCUCUCCACAACGUACCAUUUCCUGGUCGAAACACGGCUUCGUGGCGUACGUGCCACAAGAGCACGGCACCGCGCACAAUCUCUGCCUCACAUACCUCGAAACGGCUCCCGGUGAAACCUGGCAGCUUGCCCCGCCCCAAAACCUUGUGGUGCGUGCACCUGGCCAACACGCCAGUCCAGAACCCCGUGCGGAACCCCGUGCUGAGGCGUUUCCACGUUUGGAUGUCUUAAGCUGGAGUCUUUCCGGGACGGACCUCGCAGCCAUCGACGUGCACGGUAACAUGACCAUGCUCAUUGCGGGUGCCGAGCGCAACCUUACGCAACCUGGCUACAGCUCGUCGUCGUACAACCGCCUUGAGAUCAUCUACCAGGAUACAGCCGCACAGGCGGCGCUUGUAACUACCACCAACAACAGCUUCGACUUGGUGCUCCAACAGAGCGCGGCCACGCCCGCCGUGCGUGCCCCCUUGGGCAGCUACGUCCAGCGCUACUUGGAAGACUCUCCAUCUAAGGUCAUUGCGUUCAAAUGGUUGAACUUGGACAAGCCCAUCAUUGCGUGUCACCCCGCGGUACGUAUGGAAACCACGGCCGACGCCAUGAGCUACAACGUGGCCGCAUCGUUAAAUGCGCAGAUCCGCACGGAGGCCGCGCGGUCAACAGGACUCGCAGUCGAGACCGAAAUACCCGUGCCCAACUACGCGUACACGUACGGGGUACAGCAGUACAAGGCACACGGGCCUAUGCACCCGGUACCCAACAAGCAGGCGUGCCUCGCGGUGCGACGCAACGGCGAGGUAGUGUUGUGGUACCAGGGCGAACACGGACUCGACUACCAUCGGAUGACGCGCGCAUUGGAUGCGGCUAGCACGGACCACUGGCUCAGCCACACGGCCAUCGGGUUUCAGCGCGACGGCCUGAUCAUUGUUGCGACAUUCAGUAACCAGACGCGUGAGGUGCGCCUCUAUCGUGUAACCGUCAACUGGGGCUAUCUUGUGACGUCGUCCGUCAACCAACUCAAGAGCCCCGCGUACCAGACGCCCGACGACAAAAAACUGCCGCUGCCUGCACUCACCGUUACGCGGAUCCUCCGUGAGAAGGUACUCACACGUGAC